GAGCAAUUCCCAAAACACCAAACCCUUUGUCAAGAAAAUCACCAUCCCUCUUCUCUUCUUUGUUUCUCAAACCCUAAUUCCAUCGUUUCUUCAUUGAUCUUUCGUAAACUUUAUAUUUGUAUACAGAUUGAUUGAACCUAUAUAGAUACGAGACUGAGAGAUGAGUGGUUCGGCUGAUAAAUUAGCUCACUUUCAAGCAAUUACAGGUCUCCAAGACGCCGAUUUGUGCACCGAGAUCCUUUCUGCUCAUGGGUGGGACCUUCAACAAGCUAUCUCUAGUAUUACUUCAACAUCAGAUUCCGAUCACGCCACUUCCGCUACCGACAAUAUCGCAGCCGACAGAUUUGAACAAUCAGGAUUUGUUGCCGCCGAGGGUGCAGGUCCACCAGGUUUAGCAUGGAAACUCAUCUCGCUUCCCGUUUCCAUCGUUUCUGGAAGCCUAGGGUUAGUUUCCGGUGCUGUUGGGCUUGGUUUAUGGGCGGUUGGUGGUGUUCUCUCUUAUUCCCUAAGCAUGAUCGGGUUGACUAAUUCCGGACGUAAUGACGGAUCGCCCUCGACUCCUUUAGUUUCUCUGUCAACGGCAGCAUCAGAGGCGAUGGAUUUUGUGUCCAAGUUCGAGGGUGAGUAUGGAGAUAGACAUCCGGAUUUUGUUUYCGAGGGUUUUAUGGACGCGUUACAGCGGUCGCGGCAUGAGUUCAAGCUGUUAUUUGUGUACUUGCACUCGCCAGAUCAUCCUGAUACACCAUCCUUCUGUGAGGACACUCUGUGUUCCGAGGUUUUGUCAGCGUUUGUAAAUGAGAACUUUGUCGUUUGGGGUGGAAAUAUCAGGGCAAGUGAAGGGUUUAAGAUGAGUAACAGCUUGAAGGCUUCCAGGUUUCCUUUCUGUGCUGUUGUUAUGGCAGCUACUAAUCAGAGAAUUGCUUUGCUCCAGCAGGUUGAGGGACCUAAAUCACCUGAAGAAAUGCUUACAGUGUUGCAGAGGGUUCUUGAAGAAAGUGCCCCAGUUCUUGUAACAGCACGGCUUGAUGCUGAGGAACGUCGAAAUAACAUACGACUGAGGGAAGAACAAGAUGCUGCAUAUCAAGCUGCACUUGAAGCUGAUCAAGCCAGGGAACGACAGAGGAGGGAAGAGCAAGAACGACUAGAAAGGGAAGCUGCUGAAGCUGAAAGGAAGCAAAAGGAAGAAGAAGAGGCUCGUGAAAGAGCGGCACGUGAAGCUGCUGAAAGAGAAGCUGCAUUAAUUAAACUGCGUGAGGAAAAAUCACUUUCUUUGGGCCCUGAACCUGAAAAGGGACCUGAUGUUACACAGGUAUUGGUUCGGCUACCAAAUGGAGAACGAAAGGGAAGGAGGUUCCAUUGUAGUGCAACAAUACAAUCUCUAUACGACUUUGUUGAUUCUUCAGGUAUCUUGGAAAUGGGAAGCUACACUCUCGUCACCAAUUUUCCUCGUGUUCUGUAUGGUCCGGAGAAACUCUGUUUAACACUGAAAGAAGUUGGAUUACAUCCUCAAGCCAGUCUUUUUGUGGAGCAGAAAUGAUAGAGGUGAACAGAAGUUCAGUUUCCGUGGUAUAGGAUUUUGUUUUUGUCGUUAAUCAAGUCUUCUAUCUAACCUUGAUGAGCGAAGAAGACCAAUUCUGUGGUUAGGACCAAGUUGUCAUCAAAUAUUCAUUGUUAACGAUGUAAUAUUAUGCAGAUUAGUGUUAGUCUGGAUAUGUAUUGACCUAGUAAAUAAACCAGACCCACAAACAGAAUGCUUUGUUCAUUUUAUGAGAUAACGGCUAUAUCCC